UCCCUCACUGCUGCCCUGCAAGCAUGGCGCUCCGCGGCGAGCGCGCGUCCGGCCCCGGCACUGCCCUGCCUCCCGGGGCCUGCUCGCAGGUCACGGUGUCCAGGGAGCUGCUGACGGCGGGGAACGGGGCCUCCGGAGGUAUCUGGGACCAGUUGCUCAUCAGUUCUAAGCCUCAUUCCAGAAAGACCUCCACGCUUCAAACAGUUCGGAUGCAGAGGAGCCCUUUGUUAGACCAAGUUCAGGCCUUUCUCCCACAAAUGGCCCAGGCAAAUGAAAAGUUACGAAAGGAAAUGGCGGUUGCUCCAGCUGGUCAUUUCAAUAUUGAAAAUAUCAAUGAGACAUCCGGAAGCAUCAUACAGAUGGACGUGGCCCUGUUUGAGAUGAAUCGGUCAGAUUCACAAGAGGAGGAUAGUCCAGAGGACAGCUCACAGGACGGUUCUGGAGACAGCACGGAGUCCGAAGAGGAAGACUGCGUCCGCUCCGAAGUCACCAUGGAGAACAUUAAGCUUCCAAACGCAGAAGGUGGCAGAGGCAAGAUUGAAGUCUUGGGCAGUCCGGCAAGUAAAAAAAAGAAGCAGUGAAGUAAAGCAUCUGAAAAGAAUCAGGCGCUGUUCUCUGCCUGCGAGUUGUCGGGGAAGGUACUUUCCCAGGUGGAUUGGCUUCAGGGUGUCUGUGGUCCUCUUAAGUGUCAAAAAGAAAAAUUAAUGAGUCUGGGUGUAUUCUAAAGUGCUCAGAGCUCGACUGCAGAGCGGGUCAUUCCAUGGAUACAGAGAAGAGACGUCAUCUGAACAGUGUGGCCUGUGACUCAGGGAAGCUCCUGUACUCUAAAUGACACUACUGGAAUUCUCACUUCCAAAUUCGGGUUUUGGUCUUGGUUUGUUUCUGUAUCAUGUCAUGGCAGGUUACAAUUGUGUAGGAACUGGGUACUAGAAAUGAACCCAGGAGAACCACCCCCUGCCUUUGAAAAGGUGUGAUGGUGGCUGUAUUUAAUUCAAGAAAAACCAAAGCUGCCUUUUAAAGAUUUGUAACGGUAAGUGACACCCUGUAAGAGCAGACUGAUCUCUGCUCUCACUAUAAAGAGAUUUAAGUGUUCACAUACCACUGUGUGCUAUGUCACUGUGUUGCUGUGUGAAUUUGAAUUCAUGUAAAAAUGGCCUUGCUGCAAAUUGCAAUGGUACAUAGCGUGUCUCCAAUUGGUAAGCUUAGAGAGUGAUGGAUGACUUAGGCAGCUGUUUUACUGACUCACCGGUCUUGAUUAUGUUUUAUGAGGACUAGCAAGUGACCGGUGGGAGGUUGAGCCAUCCAUCGGGGCUGCUUUGUGAACAGGAACCAUGCCCCUGUUUCCUGGAGGAAAUGGUAACAGCUCUGUUACUUAUCUUGGUGGUUGGACAUACUUUGUGUUAGUGUUGAUGACCUGAGCCUGGGUUGAUCCUUCUGGCAGCUCAGGCCUGGACCACCACUUUUCCUACCGUCUAGCUCUUACACCUUUCCGCAUGUUUUUCCUCCAUAGUCCCUGAGUGUUAGAGAUAUUUUGUUUUUUCCCCCCUGAGAACUGAGCCACUGGGCUGCUGUGUCAAAACAGGAGCACACGGAUGCUUACUCAUAAAGUGGCAGGCUGAUGAGAAGAGCGUGCCUCCAUAGUGGUGACCUGAGCCUGUGGCCGGAAGCACCCUGCACUCUGUGGAGAGCACCAGCUACAUUACCUCUUCUGGUAUGCAGUGACUGUGCACAGAUCAUGAGUACAGCUGUUCGUAUACCCAGAGCCCGCCUAUAGCCUGUUUUCCUGGUUACCAGGUCUUUUGGCUUAGGAAGCGUCUGUGUAGGUGUGGUUCAGAACUUUGACAGUAAACGUAGCCAAGCCUUUGCUUACACUGCCUAUCUAGGGCCUUGUGUAGGGACUAAAUACAGUAACUGGCAAUUUCUGUGACAAAGGACAGUGACUUCGUGUCUUGGUUAAAGAAUCGAGGACUUUUGUUACUGUGGGCAGGACAGAGGCUGUAUAUAGUUCUCAAAGUGGACAUGCUCCCCGACAGAGAAACGGUGGGCACUUUGUUUGGGAAGCCUGUGCACAAUCAUGUGGGGAGGCAUGUUGGAGGCUGAUCCGCUCCCUCCUAAGUGUGCUCAGUUACAAUGGUAGCUCGAAAGGGAAAGGUGGCAGAUAGGAACACGCUUGAGGGCCAGCCUACAUUGUAAAGACAAACAUGGAAGGUUUUCUGGGUGCUCUACGGCCUGUGUCACAGACACUUGGUGGGUGGUUAGUGGCUGCUUUGGGGUAAUACCUAGGUUACAGGAGCUGGCUGACAGCUCAGAGAGGGACUUGAGAAAUGGCUGUGUAUGUGUCCCCUGUAUAUUUCCUUGUAUGGGAACAGAAAGCCCGUAAGUGUGGCUUGCUGUUUUGUUUAUUGUACCUGUGGGACUCCUGGCUCUAAGGAGGCAGCCUUGUAGCUUUCUGGGCACAGUGGGUUAUAAUCAUAUAAAUGCCCAUUUUGGGGUUUGGUCCAAGUUAAUCCAUGUCCAGAAGGUUUAGACCAGGUUUGGGGUUCCUGUUUUGUUACCGGAAGCUCAUGUAGAGACAGGAUUGUCACGUUCUGGUUUUAUAAUGUGGGAAUGUCUCUGUUGACUGGGGGAUCGUGUGAAAUAUCUCAAGUCUGGCUGAUGGAGAGGAGCGGAUUUUUCCAGGGCAUACCUUCCUGCCUGGAGAGCGAGUCUGCCAUGUGUAAAGAUCAUCAUGGGAUACAGUGGUUACCUCAUGUAAGAAGAGAGUCCCCUCAGUUACAGUUGGCAGCCAGAGUGUAACUCCUACACACUUACGGAGGAUAAUUGUGUUAGUUUACUGUUCUGUUUCCGUGAAGAGACAUUACCAAGGCAAGUUGUAAAAGAAGUGUUGAGUUGGGGCUUCCUUUCACUUUCAGAGGGUGAGUCCAUUACCUUCUUGGCAGGGACAGGAAGGCAGGCAGAGCUCUGUUGCCGUAGCUUACAUCUUUACAAGCAGGAGGCAGAGUUUUGAAACCUUAAAGCCCAUCCCAGUGACAGACAUACCUUUCCAAUAAGGUCCUACCUCCUAAUUCUUCCCAAACAGUCCACCAACUAGGAACCAAACAUUCAAAUACAUAAGGGCUGUUCUCAUUCAAACCAUCACAAGAAUUGAUUGGAUGCUCACAUGUUAAGCAGGGCUGUUAGUCUCCCCAUCUGGACAUGGGAUUCUUUUCAGCCCCAGGUGUCUGACCUAACUUACAGUUCUGACGUGGCGGGGGCUGGACAUAGUCGCAAGGACAUUGACUACCUGCGCUGACUGAACCACCACAGAACCUGCUGUUCUGUGCAGCAUGCAGGUAGUGGGGAACUUGGGGUCUGCAGGCAGGUGAAGGAAUUGGCUCUCCCUUGAGGCCUGAAUAGCACCCCCUGACACUGAGCCCCAACUGCUGGGGAUGGGCAGUGUUUUCUGGUUUAAGCAGACGCUCCAGUCUCCUGAAGUCAGCAUGUGGGGUCUCCAGCAACAGGGAUGACCAUUAGCUCUGGUUCACACCCACAUAUAGUAACAAAGGUUGAUAUAGUGGGUGAAGCUCAGGGAGCCAGCUCCCUGGUCACCAACACUCAGGAAGGUGUACCACCCCUGGCAUCAGUUUGUUUAUUUUUGGUUUUUCCAGACAGGGUUUCUCUGUGUAGCCUUGGAUGUCCUGGACUCACUUGUAGACCAGACUGGCCUUGAACUCAAAGAGAUACACCUGUCUCUGCCUCCCAGAGUGCUGGGAUUACAGGUGUGCAUCACCAUGCCUAGCAACACAUUCCUUUUUCCUUCAAAAUUUUAUUUUAUGUAUAUUGGUGUAACGGUGUUGGAUCCUCUGGAACUGGAGUUACAGUUGUGAGCUGCCGUGUGUGUGCUGGGAACUGAACCCGGGUUCUCUGGAAGAGCAGCCAGUUAACUCACAUGUGUCUUUAUUGAAACUUCAGGUACCAUUUCUGGAGUGUGGUGUUCCUGACAAAGCUGCUCUUUUUUGGAUACGCUAGUUUAACUGACAGCAGAUCCUUCUGGAGUCUGUCUUUUCCUCUUUGUGCAACAGUUGCUCCAGUGUUGUGUGUAUUGGGCUAACCUCUUCCUGACAGCCAUAGGAAACCCAUUGAAACGGUCUGUUCAGGAAGGUGGCUUAUGUCUUCAUAAGGCUUAUUGCCUUCAGCUAUAGCCUUCGGACCAGGUACCUCUAAGGUAAACAUUGGGACACCGGGCAUACAGUUGCUUAAGCUGCUUCACAAAAAUCUAAGUUUGUUCAAAAUCCUUUUGAGGGGAAGAACUUAUGUUGUGGGAAGUUGAAGGGGGGUGUUGGGGUGCAGAUGAUCAGGAUGGAUUGUGUUUACAUGUAUGACAUUGUCAACAAUGAAUAAAUUCUACUUGUUAAAGUG